CUCACUACGAAUCCAAGAAAAGCCCAAAAUGAAACAGAGUGUAAAACUCUUUCUCCUCUGCGCAACCGCCAUCCCGAUAGCAGCUCAAAACGCCACCGCACCACGCUCAGAUCUCCAAUUCUCACUCAUGCACUGCGACAACUCGCUCGCCAGGGAUCCCUACAACCUCCCCGACCCACACGGCGCCGCAGCCCGCACCUUCAACCUCGUCGCACUAUACGCACCCUCCACAAACACCACCCAAUACGUAUCGACUAGCUUCCCCUACACACCCUUCGCCGGCGCCACCAACAUGAGCGCGUUCUUCUGGUCUUCGACCCAUAUGGAGUUCCCGCCCAUCCCUGGCAAUGCAACGCUUGCGUAUGGCUGGCCUCAGGGUCUACUCUCUAUCCAGAUCCCAUCCACGUCGGUGAGUGGGAGGCUGAAAACGGGUGUUUAUGCGGGGAAGGUGCUGUUUGAGGAAGUGGAGUACCAAUGUGUCACGGAAUAUGGAAGUGGAAUGACGGGUGGGGGCCCGAGAGAUUGCGGCAGUGGGUUCUGUGCGAGUUGGGCGUAUUGCGCGGCGAGGUAUAUGUGUAAGCAGUGGGAAACACCGGUGCCUACUGAGAGGGUUUGUGGGAAACAUGAUGUAAGUUGUUUUCCGCUGUGGGAGGAGUGA